GUUCGGCUUUCAGUUUAUAGAUACCGUUCUGUGAAGUAACAUCGUGACGUGUGAGUUGAAUCUCAAACUUUUUUUUGUGCUUCUUGAACAAUAAGUGAUACAAUUAGUGAAUAGUUUUAAACUAUGAGAACUAUACGACAUCUUAGAAUAUAAUAAAACAUGGUUUAACUACGUUUUUCGCAGUUACAUAUUUUUUAAGGGGGCGAGAGUAUGGGAACGCAUCAUCGACUCGGCGGUGGCGGCGUGUAAAAACGGUGGACAAGGGAAGCAUGGGAAGAAAAGCGGGCGGUGGAAGAUUUGUGGUCGCGGGGGGGAGGAAGGGCUCCCAAGGAAUCGCGUUGGAGGAAGGGAAAAUUGUCGAUGCAGUUAGCGUUUGAGAGGCGGCCACGAUGGAAAACGCGGUGGUGAACGAUGGUGGACGAGUGGACGCUGCUUCUCAACAAGUGUCGUUGUUAAGAAGUUAAUCGCAGCCAUGUCGAACGAGACAAAUGCCACGGACGAUUUCCUCGAUUACGAUAUCAACGACUCGUUGAGCCACUUCGAUUGGGCGGAAUUGGGGCCUGUCCUCGUCGUGUACUCCCUCACGUUUUUCCUCGGAUUAAUCGGAAACGUCGUCAUCAUUGGUUCAACACUGUGCCCCAGACUGAGACCUUUACCAGCGACACCGACCAACGUUUUUCUAGGCGGUUUGGCAACUGCCGAUCUUUUGCUUAUUCUUUUUUGCAUUCCUGUCAAGGUGGCGAAGCUGUUCUCAUACACGUGGACUAUGGGCCUGUUUCUAUGCAAGUCGGUGCACUAUAUGCAGAGCGUCUCGGCUAUUUGCUCGGUCGUCACGUUAACCGCAAUGUCGAUCGAAAGAUAUUACGCCAUAGUUCACCCUAUGCGGGCCCAGUACACGUGCACGAUAAGCCAGGCUCGCAAAAUAGUAAUUACAACUUGGGUGGCGUCCUUCCUUCUCGGUAUACCAAUGAUCUUCACACAGACACACAAGGAAGUUGGAUUGAGGGUAAUCGCUUACUGGUGCGUCCGUGAUUCCGAAGGUGGACUUUUAUGGCGCGCCCACGAGGUUUAUAUGCUGGUGUUGGUCCUGGUCUUACCCCUAGCCGUGAUGGCGUAUUGUUACACGGCAAUUUGCUGGGAGAUUUGGCGAGUCAUGAAGCGGCGAUAUCACAUGACAUCACGCCGCGUAUUGAAUCCAAGUAACGUCGACGCAGAAUCCAUACCCAUGACCCAGAGGAAUAGCGUACGAAACAAUAAUCGUCGUUCUCAACGAGAGGACAAUCAAACCGAAGAAGAGUCUCGAACGAUAAGACAGGUGGUGAAGAUGUUGGUGGCUGUGGUGGUGUUGUUCGUCAUUUGCUGGGGUCCGAUUCUCGUGGAUAACAUGCUAACAGCUUACGGAUACCUGCCACGCGUGAAAGCUGGCACGUACAAACACCUUAACACCGCUUUUCAGCUGAUGGCUUAUUUUAACAGUUGCAUAAAUCCAAUCGUUUAUGGAUUUAUGUCGAAACACUUCAGGGAGAGUUUCCUGGCCGCUGCCUGCGGCAGCUGGUGGAUCUGUUGUCCCCGGAGAGGGUACAGGGCGCCGGUGAAGAGGCAUCCGAGCCUAAGCCAGACAAGGACGACCAGUAUAAGAUGGACUUGAUUAUUUCGUCGUGCCCGGCCCACGUCGAGGCAAUUGUGUCACAGGUAAAAAUCUGGUCGGCCAUUGAACUAUGCCAGAAGAGGCUAUAGAAAGAGGAAGAAAUCCUGUUCCUAAUGAGAAAGACGAUGCUACUUCGAGUUUAUCGUUGAAUAAUCAACGAAUUUCGAAACGAUUUUUCACCACUUUUUCGCCAAAUGUCGUAUUCCUCGAGCGUGAUAUGAUGCUGAAAGCUCAUAUUUGAAGGAAUAUAGACAGGAUUUUUUAAUCGUGAAAAACUGGAAUAUACCUGGAAUAUUAGAGUGAAAGAACGAAACUUUCAAAAUCUAAUAUUCGAUAAUAUUUAAAAAUCGUUUACGAAUCGAGAUGAAAAAGAGGAGAAAGAUUGUGAGGCUCGAAGAGGGUAAAAGCUCUUUCUCAAAUCUCUGAUUAAUUGUAAAACAAUGUAAUCUAUGUGUCUAUUUAUUUGUACAUACAUAAAUGUAUAUAUAUAUAAUAAUUUUCAUUAUCCGUUUCGUAAAACUGCAUGCAGAUCACCAUAUCGAGCAAAUAAAAGAAGAAACAAUAAAU